GUUUGUAUUUUUCCAGCUGGGUCUCUGGUAAUUUUGAUUUUUUUCCUUCUGUUUGCUUGUUAACUAGUUUGUGCCAUAAAUAUAAGUGUUUCUAAAAUUCUAUAACUGUUUCAAGUGGUCAUUAAUUAUUUAUAUAUAUUAAUUUAGCCCAGUAUGAUGUUCUAUGUAAGCUCUCCUGUAAUUCAACAACAAUUAUUAUAAGUAUCUUUGUGGGUGGAAUUAUUGUAUUGUUGUAGUGUAUUUCAUGUUUGCUAGUAAAUCAUGAAUGUUUAAUAUUUUAAAUUAAUUUUUAAACCACCUACCGGAUUUUUCAUUUGGUCUAAUAGGAAUUACCCGUCUUUCUUAUUGUGCUAUAAUAAGAAUAUUAAACGAAAAAUGUAAGUAGAUGUAUUGUCAAAAGCCAUGUUAAUGAAUUAAUAAGUUUUAAAUUUUUAUAAUUAUUGUAUUUUAGAAUAAAAAAGAUGUCAGAUACAGAUUCCAUCAAAACUGAUCGAUCACAAUCGGAUCUGCAACAAAAGUAUGACAGACUCGCCAUGGAAUUUGCAAAAGUAAACUUUCAAUAUACCUAUUUAAAAAUGUAUUAAACAUUUCCUACCAUAUCAUAUAAUAAGAUUCGCUUCAUUAUAUUGGUAAAUUAAUAAUUCCAUUUAAAAAGUCAAGAUACGUCAUUAUUCAUUGACACAAAGCUAUCUUCAAUUAUAAUUCAAUUUAAUGUACUUGUCAUUUCUAUAUCUAUUAUUUUCGCCCCAAGAUAUCUAACUCUCGGAACCCUCCUCUCUCUUCAGUUCCAUUUUUACCACUUAUAUAAUAUCAGUUCUUGCAUAUCUAGCUGUCCUUCCUUAGUAUACUUCCUUGUCUCUGGCAACUAAAUUAAAUAUUAUGAAUGUUUUUUUUUUUUAAUUUUAUCUUUUAUCUAAAAUUAACAGUUAGAUAGCCAUUUUUUUAGAUAAAAAGACUAAUAAAACUAAUAAAUUAAUAAAUACUAAAGUAUUUGUAUUUGAAGUACAUUAGAUGUAACUGGAUUAUUUAACAAAUGUAAUGACUUAGAAUCUGUGCAGAGCGGGGAAUAUAUUAGUUUUACGGUGUGUAAUUUGUUUUUUUUGUCUAAACAUUUUUCCUACCAGACUGUGUAGACUAAAACAUCUUUUCUGGAUGGUAAUUGAGAAAAACUGAAAGAAAAUUAUACAUAAAAAGGCAAGUAUUUAAAGUAUUAACAUUUUCAUAGUUUUCUACCAGAAAUAUUACUUCAAUCGAAAAAUGACAAGAGAUUGAUUUUAUUCUAUUCAACACAUAGCCACUGACAGAAAAAGUCAGUUUUUUAUAUCAUAAUAUGUAAUUGGGAAAAACCAAAAGAGAUGAAAUAUAAACAUUUUUCCAGAUUACAGCACAACGAUUUCACUAUUUUAAAUUUGUACAGCUUGUUUUCUACUAUAAAUAUUGUACCAAAUUUUAUUAAUUAGUUAUUUUUUAUUAAGUAGGUACUCUGUGGAUAAAAUUGUAAGAAUUAACAGAAAUACUUGAAAAUAUAACAGUAAAUUCAUUAUAAGUUGUACUUGGUGGUCAACAUAAAAAAGUUGAGUUUAAUUUAGUAUUUUUAAUAUUUUUUAUAAUAAUUUUAAAACCAAAUUUUGAUGACAAUUGUAAAUGAUAUGGCCUUUAAAAAACAUAUAUAACUGAACUUCACUCCGAAACAUUUUUUGUUAGCAAUAGACUCCCGGUACAAAUUAAGUAACUUUAUCCCACCUACAACAGUAUCACCUUAUUUUUUUUUUUCUAUGUAUGUACAACUACCUACAAUUUUGAUACAAUUUACCAUGUUAACACUUUUUCUGAAAGGAAAUCUGUUUGGAAUAAUACUUUAAAGAGAUAAAUUUUAGAUUUUUCCAGCUGAUCUCAUAAUAAAUUGAAAAAACAGGAAAUAGGUAUAUUAUCAAAGAAAAUAUAUAAUAAUACAUAUGUUAUUAGUUUACCAUAAUUUGACAUAAUAUAUAUUAUAUAUUGUUGACAAAGCAACACUAAUAACCGCUCAGAAUCAUUAUAUUAUUAGCAACGGUUAAUUGUUACUUACAUAUAUAGGUACAUUAAAUUUCCCCUUUACUGGCUUCCUAACAUCUCACCAACAACAGUGGCUCUCCUUAACACUAUUGUAACGUGUCUGUCUCAAUACGUAUUACAUCUUGGCACUUUGAUUUAAAUAUUAUUUAAUUUAAUUUUAAUGUAUUUUUUUUUUUAAUAGGAAUUUAAAAUAAAAAAAAGUACUGAUAAUGGAGUUGGGUGUGGGCACUGUUAUUAUAGGUAAUGGGGAAAGUGAGGUACAUAAAAUUAUUUAAUUUAUACCUGUAACUAGAGAACCUAUAUAAGGCUGUUUAUCCUUAAUUAACCAUAAACCAUUUAAAACAAAAAAUGAUUCGGAGUGAAGUUCAACUGAAGUUACAUACAUGUUUUAAAAGGUCAUAUUAAUUACGAUUUGUGUAAAAAUUUGAUUUUUAAAUUAAUAUAAAAAAAAUCCUACAUUAAACGAAAUUUUUUUUUUACCCACCAAGUAUGACUUAAAUUGAACUCUCUAUCAAUUUAUAAGCAUUUCUUAGGAUAUAUCUACAGAAUACCCUGAAAUGGGGUGAACAGAAACAGUUUUAAACUUUUAAAGCUUGUAGCAUCUUAAAUAUUUAAUAUACAAUAAUGAGUGAUACACUAAAAUAUGAGUCUCUGUUAGUACUUUGAUGUAAUACAAUAGACAAUAUAUUAUAAUUUAUGUUUGAUUUUAUAUAUUUUUUUAAAUGCCUUGUUUCUAUUCACCUGUCAAGUGGGAUGAAAAGAAACAUGUUCACUAUUUUAUCAUUUAUUGACAUUUAUACUUGUAGAAGGUGAAUAAAAAUAAAUAAUUAAAUUUUUAAAAAUAUUUAUAAUUUAAUUUGGUAUCACAGAUCCGUUUUGUUUAGGUAAAUAUUACAAGAAUUUUUAAUAUGAUGGUAGAUUACAAAAUAAUGAAUGCCAUAUAUUUCUUGUGCUUUCUUUUAACAGCCAUAAUGGCAUUUUCAAUAUCAAUUUGAUUUAGUUUUUAUAUUUUUUGGUUCGUCUAUUUGAUAAAUUCGUGGCAUUUUCACGUUGUUUCUAUUCACCCCUAGAAGACAGUUUUUAAUUAAAAAUUAAUAAAUAAAAUUAGAAAUGAAUUAUAAAUUCAUAAUUACAAAUUAAAGCAUUGAGGAUCACAACAGAUAUUAGAAAAAAAAAAAAAAAUAAUAAAUCAAUCUUGUCAUUCAGAAAACAUUGUUUGUAUAAUCAUGUAUUAAAACUGGUAAAACCUUAGUCACACAAUCACUGUAUUAUCAGUAUAUUAGUAAAUAAUACUAACUAGAUUACAAAUUAGUUGUGAUGUCGUUUAUAUUAACUUGAUAAUGGUAAAAAAAAUAGUGUCCUAAGCCAAUUCUUCUAAAAACUAUUAGACCAAAUAUAAUUUUAUCACUUUUUGUUUCUAUUCAUCUAUUCACCCCAUUCUACGGCACCUACCAAUAAAAAGUACGUUCAAAACUCGAAAAAAUUAAAAUGUCUAUAAAUUGUUUGAGCAAUUAAUUUUUUGAAAGUUUUUCCACGUCUAGAAAAAGUAAAUAUACGUUUACUAUCAACAAUCUCUACAAAUAUUUUAAACUGAAUUACAUUAAAAACAAAUUUUGAAUUAAUAAAAUAAUUAUUUUCGUAAAUUUUCCAAUUCUUUCUACAUUAUUAUUCGGUUUUGUUAAAUUAUUAAAAAAAUUACAAAGAACGACAUUUUGGCCACCAAUUUGGCUUUAUUUUUACCUAUUAUUUUCUUUAGUUUUUUUCAACUAAGUUUUGUUUUAUCAACUGUUGUAGAUAAUAAAUUAGGAAGCAGGUGCGUUUACAAAAAAAUUAUUCUGGGGAGCUUUAAAGGUUGUGUACUUUUAUACUUUUAAAACAAAGAAGUGAAUAUACUUUCAAAUGUAGGAUUAUUUAUUUUUCAUUAAAAAUGUCAAUAUUUAUAACAUUCAUUUUUUGUCAUUUAGGUACCUAUUAUUAAAUUUUUAAUUUAAUAUUUUUUAAGUGAAUACAGCUUAAAUGAUAAUGUAAUUUUUAUUACUGUGAUGAUAAUGUAGACUAUGUAAUAUCUCUAUAUCUAUUAUAAUUUUUUAAAAGCAGGAAAACCACAAAAUAUUAGAAAUGACAAUGAUAAUAAUGUAUACCUAGGUACUAUCUUGUAAUAGAAAUAAAACCAAUUGUAUUUAUUUUCUUCAUUAACAUAAAUCACUAUUGGGACUUUGUUAGAAAUCUAUAUUCAUAAUAAUUUUCAUGACAUUUUGGGGGAGGGUCAAGGUUAACGAUUAACCCCUUACCCCUUUGUACACUUUACUGUUGGGAAGAUAAAAUAUAAUAGAGAAUUUAAUAUUUUUUCUUUGAUAAUAAAAAAUAAUUCUGAGCAGAAUUCUGUUAUACAUGUUUUAAAAUACCAUAAUAUUUAUGAUUUUCAUGAAAAUUUGAUAUUAAAAUUCUACAUUAUAUUCUUAUUUUUUUUUCGAUGAUUAAUUAUGACUUAUAAUAAACCUCAUAUUAAAUUUUCAAGCAUUUCUAUUUGAUCUAAUAAUUUUAUUCACAGAAUACCAACAGAAUAAAGUAAUAAAUUUGCAAAAUUAAAAUGGCCAGAAUAUUUUUUUAUAUGAAUCACAACAGAAAACUAAAUUGAAAAUGAUACAUUUCUUAAAUUUUCUCAUUUUCUCUAUCUUUUUUUUACGGUUUUCUCAAUUAUUAUAAAGACGACUUAGAAAAUAUAAUAAAAUAUAAUUCUGAAACCAUUAAAUUCCUCACUUUACUCAGAAUCUAAAAUGUAAAAUUAUAUUUAAAUUUUUUUUAAAGAGAUUUAUAUAGCCAUUUUUUAAACUGAUUUUUAUAAAAAUUUUGAUAUCCAAACUUUAUACUAAGUUUGAAUUAAUUUUAGAUUUAGAUAGUAGUGAAGAAUUCAUCAGUUCUACAAUGAUGUUUACUUUUUUUUACUGUGUAAUCAAUUUUUCUGUCAGAAAUCUUGCUUCGAUGUAUUAAGUGUAGCAUCUUUUCUAAAAGAAAAUGUUAUCUAGUUGAUAUUUUAAACAUGUCAUUUGUUGAUUUUCCAAGCAGUUUUCUUAAUAAUUAGGAAAAUGUAUGUUCAUGUAAAGAAGAAACUUCACUCUGAUUAGUUUUUGUUAAUAUUGGUUUAUCAGAGCAUACUAAUAAAAAUUAAAUUCUCUUCUAUAUCCUACCAUCUCAAUUUCUCUUCCAAAACAGUAGCCCCCCCCCAUCAUUUGAGGUAUGUUUUAACAAUUUUUGAAAGUUUUGUGAAAUGUAACAUUUUUUGUGUGACUAAAUGUUCAAAUGGUUAAUUUGAUUUUUCCAUGAAAUAUUAUAAAAUUUGAUAAUAAACGCCUAUUCUAUUAUUUAUUGUUAGUCAAAUAUAAUUAAUCUCUAGUAUUAAAUUAUAAUAAAAUAGCAUAUACAAAUUAAAGCGUAGAACUCUGGUAAUUAUAACAAAAAAAAAAAAACUUAAAAUAUUUAAUAUAAAAAAGUUAUUACAUUUUUUAAAUCUUCCAGUUACCACCAUAGUGCAUAGAAAUUAAAACAAUAGAAAAAUAAAUUUUGAACCCUAGAUGAGUAUGGAGUGUAAUAUAAAUGCCACAGCUAUUUAUAUUAUACAGUGAUAUUUUUUGGCUUAUUUAAUUAGCUGUAUAGCCUUUAUUACACGUUGUUAAUUAUGUUUGCAAUUCUAUUAAUUUUGUAUGAGUAUAUAGUACAUCUAAAAAUUGGACAAGAAUGAUAGUUUAUUGAAGAAAAUCUUAACAAAAUCUAUUAAAUAAUUUUAAGAUACACCCACACAGACAAACAAAAAAGGAGUUUCUUUAUAAUAUAUAUUUAGAUAUAGAUUGUUUAUAUGAUCAUACCUAUUAUCAUUUUUUUAGCAUUAAUUUUUCAUUAAAAUAAAUACCUAAUUUGUUUACAAAUCUGUAGGCAAGAAUGCAAUUGAAUGUGUUGAAAAAAGCUUAUACUAAUAAAAUGUCUAAGUUGGAUCAUAGAAGUGUUGAAUCUAUAGACCAAGUUAGUAAUUUGUAAAUUAAUAAAUUUAGUUUAAUAUUAAUUAUUAUUUUUCUAAUUUUGUUAGCUUGAAAGUUGCAAAUAUGAUACAAUGUCAACUAUUAGUUUUGAUUUUCAAGAAAAUGUUAAUAGACCAAAUCAAGUAAGCUCUAUUUUUAACUUUAUAUUUUGAAAAUGAUUACAUUUAUGUACCUAAUUAUAUAUCACUUCAAAAAUUUUUAUUUUGAAAAUAUUAUUAUUCAGAAAUGUCUGUGUAUAACUGUGAGAAUCAUAGAUGUUAAAUAGUUAUAUAACCACAAUCAGAUCUAUGUCAAAUUGCCAUCUUCUCGCAAAAAAUGUUUUCUAAUUUAUAUUUAUUGUUAUUGAAUUAUAAUUUGUUUGGUUAAUGUGCAGUUAAAAAGAACAGAAGAGUUCAGUUCUAAAGAUCUCCAAGUUUUAAAACAAGACAUUGCUACAAUGAACCAUUUUAUAUGUCGUGUAUUAGAAUUGACUCAGUCAAAUCAGAUAGAUUAUAGUGUGAGUAUAAUAAUUAUAUAUUUUAAGGUUUUAAUUGUACUAUAAUUAUAAUAUUAACUUGAUUUAUGUGUUUAGCUUAUUAUGUCAGAAAUUGAAUACUGUAAAGAUGUACAGAAUAAUUGUUCUGGUGGUUUUUGUGAGAUAAUUGACAAUGAGUUUACAACUUUGAAAUCAUCUGUUCUUGAUUGUUUAUACAAUAUACUAUAUCAUAAGUUAGAGUCUAGAACUAAAAUAAACACUGAUGAUUCUCGGCUCAUUUAUCCAGACUUUUGUAAGUAUAAUGAAAUUAAAAUUUUUUUAAAUGUAGUCUUAAAUUGAAUUAUUUAUUUAUUUAUGAUUUUGAAAAAAAAAAAAAAUACUGGAGUUCUAUAGCUCCCUGUUUUAUAUUAUACAAUUCUUAAGAAAAUAUAAUGCUUUUUAAUUUAAACUAUUUAGGUACUUCAGGGACUAAUUUUCAUUUAUUUUGUACAUUUAGAUUUUUUGGACACAAAUUAUAAAACUGAGGAUGAAAUAUUUCAAAAAGUAUUCAUUACAUUAGUUUUUCAUUAUUUUUUAUCUUUUAUUCUAAAUCUUCAUGAAGUUUUAGAAUAUUUACUUAAAGAAAUUAAUCCUGAUGUAAGUACUUUCAUUUACUAUUUUAUUGUACAAGAUGUUUCUAUAGACAUAUAAUUUAAGUAAAAAAAGUUUUAUUUUAUCAUAUUCAUUAUCAAAUUUGUUUAAAGAACAUUUAUAACCUAAAUAUAACUAUAUCCUAUUACACCUUAUAAACUAUACCCUAUUACACCUUAUAAACUAUACACUUGUAAACUGAAGGUUUCUUUCUAAGUGAAUCGCAUACCUUAAUGUACUGACAUCAUUUUACAAAUAUAGCAAGUUUGCAUUCAGCCGAAGUGAAUUAACUUAUUAUCAAACUUAAAAGUAAGAAUAUUGUCUGUGUUUAUAAUGUGUUUGUUUUGAUAUUUUAAUUUUUAAGUGAGUUAUGAAUAUGUGAAAUAUUAAAAUUAAAGUUUUAUAUUAGAUCAAUUCACUCUAAUAAUAAAAAUUAACAGUGAAUAACUAAUAUAAACUUAAAUUUGAUAUAUCAGGUGUAGGAUAAGGAUAUUGUGGUAGUCUAAAAGUAUUAAAAUUGAUUGCAGUAUUGCCCUAAAAAAUAUAGAUAAUUACACUUCGAAAAAUUGAAAAUUGUACCAAUGGUUUCUUAUAAUUUAUAAACCUUUAUUUAUAAAACAAUAAAAGAACAUUACUACACAAAAUUCACAUACUUGGUGAAAACCUGAUUUUUAAGUAAUCUGGUUCAUACAUUUUCUUUGUGUUAAAUAUAAUUUUAUCUAUAUGCAUUGUAAAUAAAAGGAAUCUAAUAAUCCUAGUAAGACACCACCUAUAGGAUUCUAAAAAUAAAAAUAUAGUUUCAACUAUAUAUUCAAUAAUUCAAUAAAUCAUUUUAACAGUAUUGAUGUAUAUUAUGUAUGUAUAUAUUAUUGUAUGUAAUAUUAUGUAAAAAAUAGUUAAAAUAGUUUUUUAAAUGAGUAAACUCAAAAUUACAAAAAUUGCACUUAAAAAUUUUAGAUUUUAAUUGCUACUUGUACGCAUUGUAUUUAAAACUAACUGAGCAAUAAAUUGUUGCUAUAGAAGAAAAGUUGCAAUGCAACAAUAUUUGGGCCCUAAACAUGUGUAUCUAAGAUGGAGACAUUUAAUAUUGAUGUAUGUAUGACAUCCUCUUAAUCUAAUUACAAUGUAAAAUUUCUUAAUAUUUCCAAAUGGUAACAUUUUAUAGUAAAGAUAUCAUAAUGAUUAAUAAAUUAAUAUAUUCCUUACACUAAUAAACAAGGUCAAUAUUUAAAGUUUUUACAAAAUUUAAAUAAAAAUAUUAACAACACACAUAAUUAUAAGUUAAUUAAUAUAGCUGACUAUAUUGAAAAUCAAAUUAGCUUGUAUUGAACAAAAUUAGAAACAUUUUGUAUUUACUCACUUUUGUACCUUCAUGAAUUUGAAUGGUUGUUAUUGUAAUUUUAUUUAUAACAUCUUUCAGGCUUCUCACAUUUUAAAAAGUAGUUUAAAAUUAUUGAAAAAUCCACAAUCAAGUCAAUCUUUAUUGUUAGAAAACAUUUUACUUUACUGUGAAGAUUUAAGAACAUUAAAGUGAGUAAAAAUUAUUAUUUAUUAUUUAAAAACCAAAUUGGAACUUGUUUAAUAGAUUUUUUUCAAGUUUGUUUUUUUAAAAGUCAUAAAAAUCAUUAUUUGUAUAAGAAACUUAGACUAUAUACAAUGGAUGGAACUAAAGUGCCUUGAUAGAGAAAGUGUGACUAUAUGAACUGAUAAGAAAAUAAUCCGCCAUUAUUAGGCCAAAAUAUUAAUAUUCUAUUAUUGAUAAUAUAUAAUAAUAUUAUGCAAUACUUUCUAAUUGAUAUUUAAUUUUGAUCUGUACUUAAACAUUUAUUUUCAAUAUUUUCUUUUGAUUAAUUACUUUUCAAAAUAAAGACUAUAUUAUAAUUUAACCCAAUAUGUAUGUACAAUUUUAUAUAUUUCUGUACAUUAAUAAGAAUUAAUACUUACUCAUAAACUAUUAGAUAAUAACUAAAACUACUAUUAUUACUGCUAGUAGAAUAAUGCAGCAAACAUUUUUAUCUACUUGGAUUUUCAAUAUUCAGAACAAAUUCAAGAAAAUAACUUUGCUGAAAAAUUCAGCAUUUAAAUUAUAAUUCUCAUUUCAUAUAAGAAGUUCAAAAUAAUCAAUAAAAUCAAAUUUCGACUUCCUAUUUUUUAUGUACAUUUUUUUAUAAAAAGCUGUUAUAGGAGUUGAGGUUGAAGAAAUAAAAAGUUUAAUAUUUUUUUUUAAAGCUAGAUUUUUCUAUUUUAAUUAAUAAUAAAAAACAAUUGAGACUAAAAAUAAAGGAACAGAUUUAAAACAAUUAUUAUUAGUUUUAAAUCUUUUUUCUUUUAAUAAAGUACUUAUACAACAAAUAAUAUUUACUAGUUACCAUUAUAUCAUAUAACUGAAAAUAUAAUUUGUAAUAACAAUAAUAUUUUCAAUUCUUGUUAAUAGUCAUACAUGAUUUUAUGAUAUUAUUUGUCAUUCAUAUUUAUUAUUGCUCAUUGGCAUGGAUAUGAUUAAACCUAAUCAACAAUUGUUUCAGUAGUUACAUUGGAUGGAAACUGUAUUUUUAUAAAUUAUAACAAUGGAUAUAGUUUUUUAAUCUAUUUCACAAUGGAGUUGAUCAGCUAAAAAUGAAUAAAACAAAAUAAAUUGUUUAAAUACCACUUCAAGCAAUAUUUGUUGUAAAUUAUUAUUAUUAUAACUAAUAUUAUCGCAUGCAUCUUUUUUUUUAUGUAAAUAUAUUCUCUAAUCAACAAAGUAUUUGUCUAUGUUAACAAUUCUAUUCAAAUUUAUUAACAUUCUUAAUUUCUACAAAUAUCUAUAGAUUAUGAAAAUAUACUUCAAUAAAACAAUUUUUACUUGUCUGAUAACAAAUUAGACAGAUUUCAACUUUUAGGUAUAAUUUGAAAUGAAAUGUAGCAGAAAUAAAAUAAUUUUUCUUUAUCUGUUAAUAAUAAUAAAUUACAUUCAAACAAAAUUAUGGAAUUCUUACUUUAAGGCUCUAAUGAUACAUUUAUUGUAUCUAAUGUCAAGUAAUAUAAUUUAAAACUUAAUGUUAACUGAAAAUAAUGCAUCAUGAAUUUUUUAAACUGAAUCAAAUGAAAAUUAAAUACAAUAUAGGAUAAAUAUUUUAUCUAAUACAUACUUCAUAAAGACAUGAGUAAUUUUUGGGAAAUAUUUCAUAGGAAAUCCUUUUCUAUAAGAGUUUGAGCACCCAAUGGCAGUACACCCUGGCAUUGUUAAAAUACUAUAAUAAUAAAUAAAUAAGAGAAAAACUUAUGUACUUUCAAACAUACUAGUUAAAGUACAUACUUGAUAUAACAUAUUGAAUUAAAACAAUGAAUAAACAUAAUUAGGGCCAAAAUGUAUAGGUACUUACAUAGUUACUUUAAUAGGUGUAGACGUAUUGCUACAUAAAAACUUUGUUUACUAUAUUCAGCACUUAAAAGAUGAAAAAAUUGAGCUACAGUCUACAAUUUAUGUAUUUUGCUCAUAUAAUAAUUAUUAUCAAAAAAAAAUUAACCUAUUGAUGGCGAACAGUCACGAUAACCAAUUAGAAACGACACGCUCUGUGUUAACAUUCUCUAUUAAGGCACUCUAGAUGGAGCCACACCUCAAUAUUUUAAUGUAUAUGUUAACGAUAAUUCGUCAAAUGUGUAGAUUUAAGUGCGCAUGCGUACUAGAAACUAGUCGCAUAUUUAUCCCAAUACCUUAACAUGAUCUGAUAAAUAACUAAUAAGAUAUGUGAUAAUAAUAAUAUAUAUUUUAAUGAAUUAAAACUUGAAUUUAUUGAAUUGGUAAUAAACUAAAAUCUGUAUGUACCUAAUAAGGUAAAUUGAUCCAUCUUGAUACCUAUAAUACAUUAUAUAUAAGAACAAAAUAUAUACAUCAAUAAUUUGAGAUAAAUAUGCGACUAGUCACCGGCGCCUGCGCAUUAAAAGCUACUCACCUGGUGACUCAUCGUCAUCGCUAACAUGUACAUUAUUGAGAUUAUAUAUAUUAUUUAUUCAUGACAGCGAAAAAGUCGCUACCUGGUGGAAUUUAUUAGAACUGCUCUAACGGUUAAAAUGUAUGUUUAAUUACAUUAUAUUAUAUUGAGACAUUGAGUACUGAGUACUGACUUUUAAAUUUCUUUGUAAUAUUCAAAAAUAUAGUUUUAUUUGUUGAUAUUAUAGAUGACCAUAAUUAUUAUUCUAGCUAAAUGUAUAAUAAAAAUGCAUAAAUUAUGUAUAAACUUGUAUUGAACUUAGGUAAAAAAUAUAUAAUAUACAAUAGGUAGCGUUUAAAAUGUACCUAUCUACUUUUUUUUUUCUUUAUAGGUUUGAAACUCGGUACAUUAUUAUGGAAAAUAUUUUGCUAUUUAUAUCAAAUAAAUAUAUUGAAUCUGUUGAAUGUAUUCAAUAUUUUAUAAAAUCAGGUAAUUCACUAUUUCAGUAUUUAAUAUUUGAUUAAUAAAAUUGAUAUUUAAAUUUGAAUUUUGUAGGUGAUAAAAUACAAAUUGAUUGUACUUUGUUCCGCCAAUCUAUAAUAUCAUUAAUGGCAAUAAAAUUUCCUAUUAAAGGUAUUUUACUAUUUAAUAAAUUGUUUUCAUUUUAUAACUGACAUACUAUAAAAUAAUUUUGAUCAUUUUUUUUCAGAAUUAGUGAAUAUAGAGAGUGAAUAUUGGGAUUCGGGUCAUACAAAUAAUAAAUUGCUUACUGUGUUUGAUACAAUUCAUAGAGUAAGCAAAUAAUAAAUAUAAUAAUAAAAACUUUGUAUUAGAAUUAUAUUUAAUAUAAAUUGCAAAUAAAUAUAUAUAUAUAUACCAAUAUCUGUUAAAAUAAUAAAAUUAUUAAUAUUUCCACCCUUGUAAAUUUUACAGCUUCUACGUGUUAUAAAUAUAUUUGAAUUUGAAUAUUUUUAUAAAAAAAGUCAACUUGGCAUACACUGGCAUAAAAAAAAUACUUUGUUGCAUGUUAAACAUUCAAAACAAGUAACAUUUUCAAUUGUUAUUUUUAAAUUUUUGAUAAAUAUUUUGUAAAUAUUUUAGGCUACUGAAAAAUUAUUUUCAAUGUCAAUAUCUCAAAAUAAAUAUGAUGACAUAAUACAAUCUUAUAAUGAAAAAUUGAAUCAGGAGAUGAACAGGUCAUUAUCAUUAGAGCAAGAAAAACUACAUUGGGAAAAUGAAUAUAAACUUUUAUGUAAGAAAUAUGAUGAUGUAUGUAUAUUAUUAUAUAUAAUAUGAAAUAUUGUAUAAAAUUAAUUGUAUGUUAUUGUGACAGAUAACCAAUAAAGAUAAUUCAGGAUCUUUGGGGCCAUUUCUUUUGGAAAAUCAAGUUAGUAUUAUUAAAACUAUUUAUGAAUUAAUAUACAUGUAAAUAUUAAUUCCAAAUUGUAUUGUUACUUAAUGGUUUUACUUAGAUUAAAUACACAGUACAAACUUUCUAUUAACUGAGUCAGUUUUAUUGCUAUUGUCAGAACAUACUGUAACUCACAAUUAAUCUUGGAGUACACUAUUUAGUUUGUUUUUAAUGUGUUGAACACAGUUCUGAAUGUACUGACACUGACCAUUCUUAUUUUUAUUUCAUUCAUCAUUAAAACAUAGCUAGUAAAAUAUAAUUUAAAAUCUUGUAUUUUUAUAUUCCUAAAAUGAUCACUUCUACAAUUAUAUAUAUAUUAGGAAAUUGAUUCAAUUUAAUUGAAAUUUUUUUAUUAUGCAGCUUAAAUGAUUAAAAUUAAAUUAAUUAGUUGUUUAAAUAUUAAUUUUAUUCAGUUUAUUUGUAAAUUAUACACUUUUUAAAACAAAAUUUGUAAAUGUACUAAUUAUAAUAACAUUUAUUAUUUUUAGAUGGGAAAAUGUGAAUCCAGUAAACAUUUUAAUGAUAAAAUAAUGACUAGAGAAAAAGGACUUAAAUGCUAUUUUGAAAAAAAAAUUAACAAUUUGAUGUCAAUGAAUAAAGAUUUAUCAAGCCAAAGUAAUGCCAAUGUGCUAGAGGUAGCUAUAGAGAGUUCAUUGUUAUUGUAAUAGUAUUAUUGACUUUUUUUUUAGAUUCUGAGUGGAGCGAAGAAGCUUAUAUUAUGGUUUUACAAAGAUGUUUAUUUUUUUUUUCUGUGGGCAACAUUUCUACCAAAAACCUUGCUUGAAUUUCUAAGUGUAGCACUUCUUUUAAAAAGGAAAUUCAGAGUUUUCUUAUCAAAUAAGAAAAACCGAAAAAAAAAAAUCUGGAAGAUUACAAAAUAUAUUCGUAUAAUAUCAAUAUUUUUUUUCCUGUGAAUAACUUUUCUUUUGGCAAUUUCAUUCAAAUUUACAAUAAUAGCACUUUUUCUAAAAGGAAAUUUCACUGGGGAGGUAUUUUAAAGAUGUCAUUUUUCCAUUUUCCCCAGUUUUUUCAGCAAAUGUGAAAAACUGGAAAAAUUAGAACAACAUUAAAAAAAUAUUAUUAAAGAAAAUAUAUAAAGCUUAUUUAAUUAUUUUACUAUAAUACCACAUAUAUAUUGUUGACAAAGCAUCGCUAUUAAAUAAACUGCUCAGAAUCAUUUUUUGUUACCAAUUGUUUAUCAUUGCUUACAGUUGUAUACAUUGAAUUUCCAUCUGUGUCCACCUUCUCAACUUCCCACCUAUACCAGUGGCUGCACCAUUAUCUUAUUUUUCUUUUUUAUACAUUUUAUCUUUAGAUCACUGCAUUGAAAACAAGACUGGAUCAUAGUAUAUUAGUGCGCAAUGAGUUAGAGAUGAAACUACAGAAUGCUAUGGAACAUAUUGAAGAUCUAAAGGAAGAAUUUCAAUUGACAUCAACCAAUUAUGAUACUCAGCUCAGAUCAAUGACUGAACAUUUAGCUAGUUUAAAUGAAACUGUGGUGUUAGAACGAAGGCAUAUAGAUGAUCUAAACGUUCAAUUAAAAACAAAAGGAGUAAGUUAAAAUUAAUUUUAUAUAAUAUUAGUAUGAUUAGAGAUUAUUUUGUAUUACACUCUUUUCUUUUGCAGGGUAAAAAUAAGUCUUCCAAGUGAAAUAUAUACUCAACAAUAUUAAAAUGUUUUAAAUCAUAAUAUUAUAAUAAAACUAUUGGAAAUUUGUUAUUUAUUU